CUCAGCUGGUGUGAACUGAGCAGAAGGCGCUCUUUCUACAGAAAUGCAAAAGGUGGAGGGACGUGUUACUCCUGUUAACCUGCCAUCCUCUAGGGGCCCAAGUGUUCCAGGGUCUCCAGCCCCUGGCAUCAUGGCUCGCCUGAAUGACCAGGUGGUGGGUUACAAAGACCUGGCGGCCCUGCCCCGAGACAAAGCCAUACUACAGGUGGAGAGGCCUGACCUGAUGACCUACCAGCCCCACCUGACUUUCUCCCCACUCGACCCACCACGCAGAGAGCGUUCUCUUUCCCCUCCUCCUGUGUCUCCCUCCAUGUCUCCUGAGGUAAAAGCUAGCAGAGCAGAGAGCGACGGCGGGUCACCUGGAGGAUCCACACUGCAGCUGCAGGCCGGACGCAAGAUCAGCACCAGCUUGCAGCAUUUCCAUCGACCAGGUCACAGCACAAACACACACAGAACAGAUGUGGCCAUACUUGGAUCCAGUCUGGUUCAGGUUAUUUGGGUUCUCCAGGGUGCUAGGGAGUUUACCCAACCGGCCCACAUGUGUUUUGUCGACCUGGAGAAGGCCUUUAACUUUGUCCCUAUUGGUGACCUGUGGGGGGUGAUGCAGGAGACGAGUCAGCUGAGGUGGCCUGGCAGGCAUGCUGGACUGGGGGGAGACCAGUGGACGACCUUGUGGAGGGACUAUGUCUCUCGGCUGGCCUGGGAGCGCCUCGGACUUCCCUCAGCAGAGCUGAAGGAGGUUUCUGGGUUGGGAUUGUCCAACCUCAGCUAUGGACCCCUUUGGGCAGGAAGGUGGUGUAAGGUUUCUGAUUCUGAUGCACCUCAUUGGGAGAACAUUUCCAUCUGUGUAAUGAUGACUUCUCUCUCUGUUCUCAACUUUUCUGUCCCUUUCUUCUCUCCUUCUCUCCUUGCAGCUGCUCAGAACGGAGAGGCCCGGAGAGAGCGGAUGGACAGAGGGAACUCCCUGCCGAGCAUUCUGGAGCAGAAGAUCUAUCCGUAUGAAGCCCUGAUUGUAACCCACAGAGGGCGCAGUAAGUUGCCGCCUGGAGUGGACCGGACUCGGCUGGAGAGGCAUCUCUCCCCGGAGCAGUUCCAGCAGAUCUUUGGGAUGCCCAUCGCUGACUUUGACCGCCUGUCGCUAUGGAGAAGAAACGAACUGAAGAAAAAAGCGUUGCUGUUCUAACAGGAAGUGACCUCUUCUCAACCAGUACUUGAUGAAGCCUGAAGCCCUUCCUCAGUAACGAGGAGAAGCAGAGAGCUACCGUAAUACCAACCUAUGUCCCUGGGAGGGUUCUGGAUCCGUACCUCUGAUGACCGUUCUGGUCAGACUUAAAACUUUAAACCAUCUGACAUAUUAUCAGUGCUGCACUUAUAACCACCACUGCUUGUAAACCAUUCCUGUCAUAUAUCCAACCGCACCGUUAACGUGACAUUAUUCUCACUGAGUAACGCCGCAAAGCUCAACAUCUGGAAGAGGAACCAGCGGAUUUCUUUAGGAUAAACUCACAUGUUUUUGGUACCAUGAAGCUGAUGCUAACCUGUGAGGCUGACUGCCUCCUGCUGGAGUCCCUGGGCAAGGCAGCGUAAAGUUAGGGAAACCCUUUCUCCUCCCAGAGGUGUUUUUGCCAUCAAUGGUGCUGUUAUGUUAUUCUGAUUGGAUGAUUAUUGAGAAGGCGGUCAGUUGUUUGGCACAGAAGGAGCAGCUUCUUCCCGUUCAGUGAUAUUGGUGUACCUAACGGUAGUUCACGAUUUCCACACUUUCCUUGGCUGGUCCUUUAAAAUUCCUUUUUAAACAUUCAUCUUUGUACUAAAAUAUUCCUUCUGUCAUGAUUUCUGGAGAUUAAGAUCUAAAGAGAAGCGCCAUCUCCUGGUCAGACCUUGUAAAUCAGUGAAAGGGGUUCGCUCCAGUGGCUGGAAGAGUGAGGGGAAUUUGCUGGGAGUUGCAUGUUCUGCUGCCAUUGGUCCGGCGUUUGAAUGGGAAAGGCCAUUUUGAAUUGCUGCUACUGUAAAUCGCCAAAAGUGGAAGAAAGUAACAUGUAGUGUUUCCCUGCCAAUAAAUGUUAUAAAGCGUGUUGGAUGAAGGGUGACGGACACAAAGAACAGAGGAAGUCCAUCGUCUCCCCUCUUUUUUUUCAUCCAGAUUUUUUUCCUAAAUAUUUAUAACCCGACCAUUUAGGGUCAGAAACACAGAAACCUUAUUUCUUAACACUUUCGGGAUUGGGUAUUUUCAGUUUAGACUUUGUUUUGUAAAAAAAC